UUGACGGUGACGGUUAGUUGAGCAAAGUCCUCCGUAUUGUGAAGACGUAGUCGUGAAACAUUCGAACUUUGAUUUUGAGACCGUCAAAACUCGAAUAAAGAAAAACAAUACGCUCGUAUAUUUCGGUGGUUGUUGAAAUUUAUCUCCGCGUUAAAACGUGAUUAUUACGAUUACAUAUUAUUGUAUAUUUUAAUAAAUAUGGCCGGAAACCGAGCUACCAAGUCUGGAUUCGCCGCCGAGGCACAGCGCAAGAUUAACAGCAAGUACAGCGAAAAACUCGCUGAGGAAUGUUUGGGAUGGAUACAAACGAUAACGGGUGAGAACAUUAAUACGAGCGGAGACAUGGACAAUUUCUAUGAACUACUCAAAGAUGGCACUCUACUCUGCAGGCUCGUAAACCUUAUCAAGGAAGGAUCGGUCAAGAAGAUCAACCAAUCGACGUUAACCUUCAAAUGUAUGGAAAACAUAAACGCGUUUUUAGAAGCAGCCAGAGCCCUCGGUGUACCGCCACAAGAAACAUUCCAAACGGUUGAUCUUUGGGAACGACAAAAUCUCAACUCCGUCGUCAUUUGUUUGCAAUCGCUUGGAAGGAAAGCCAACAAUUAUGGUAAACCGAGCAUCGGACCCAAAGAGGCCGACAAAAACGUACGUAACUUCACGGAAGAGCAGCUGAGAGCCGGACAAGGUGUGAUCAGUUUACAGUACGGUAGCAACAAGGGUGCCAACCAAAGUGGCAUCAAUUUCGGCAACACGCGACACAUGUAAACAAAUGAAAAUCUCCCGAUUUAAUUGUUUCAAACGCUUUACAAAAUCUUUUCAAAUCGACCUAUUUUUUGCGUUUCCCUAUUCUUCAUCUUUUUCUUUUUUUUUAAUCAUAUAUCCUCGUAAUUAUUUCAUUACUUUAUUUACGACGCGACGAUGAUGAGAAAAAAAUGGUUAAUUAUCGAUGUGGAAGAUUUUAAUACUUUCUAUAUUAUAAUGGGGCGUUAAUUACUCAACGUGAGAGCCGUCGAGCGAGCUUUUUAAAACAGACGUCAACGACUGAGUUAUGAAAGAGAGUUAAGCACAUUCAAUUAUUCCAAAACCAUUUCCCUUUUUUUGAACAGAGAAUUUGCUGCUUCAAGCUUUUCGUUGUCAGUUUUUUGAUUCUCAAUACUAUCGUAAUUACAGUAAUGUCCACCAACAUUCCAACACAAGAUCAGAAAUCUCACAGCACAGAAAACUCAUUCUUGCAGUGGCCUCGUCCAAGCCUUUUGCACUGCUUUUUCCAUCUCCAACCCCACACUCUUUCAAGUAUUUUCUAGCUCCGACUUGGAAAGAGUUUAUCGAAUACCGCAUUCCUUUUCUGACACAGAAGUUACAGCUGAAAGUACUGCUUCGAGUCGGACUUUUUGAAGCAAACUUGCACAUUUGAGUUACUAAUUUUUGAAAUGAUUUUUUAUGCUGACCUUUGAUCGUCAGUCUAGCCACUUGUCUUCCCUCUUUGAAAAAUUCGUUUAUAACUCAUACUUAUUUAUUGAAACUUCACAGUUACACUUUGAAGUGCUCAGCUCUGUAUGAAGGGUCCACAUGAAUUUAGUUAAUGAUGUAACUAAAUAAUUUAUAACAAAAUAAUUGUCAAUUCCAAGGAUUCAAGUUUUUGAAUGAAGAGGCCAAAUUUUGUGUAGUUAUAAAAAAUCAUGAAUCGCUGAUCGUUCAAUAAAAGCAUUCCAAACAGAAUUCUAUAACGAUCUUUUUGUUUCCAUGUAAAAAAACAAUCAAUAUCUAUACUUUUUUUUCUUACUUUGUUUUUAAAAUGAUUUUCUUACGGGAUUAAGAGUGAAUCGAAAAAUCAAUCUGAAAAAUACGAGAAAUCAAUCAAAAUACCCAUAAAGUCGAUUUGUUUUUGGCCUUAUUACAACUUACGAAUAGAUUGUGAAGAAAUGUAUGAAUUUUUAAUUAUCUAUUGUAUUGCUUGAAGCUCUCAAAUCAUUUCGACAUUAAUUUUUUCCAUGAGAAAAAACAAAAGGAAAAUAAAACAUGUUGCACAUGUUACACUUAUAUUAUUUGUAUUAUUAAUAUUAUAAGACAACGAGUUAUACUAUAUCGAAUGUUUACAGUAUUUUGUACAAACAUUUUUUUGGUGGUUAUAAACAAAAACCCAAACUAAAAAUCCAGAUAUAUAAUACACACGUUUAUCCGCAAAUGUAUUGCAAAUAUCAUUGCGGUAAAUAAAGAAAUUGAAUUGAA